GCAGUUGGAGCUCGUCAGAGAAGUGGAAGCCAAUGAUUCCCAUAUGUCCACUGGUCUCCUUCACCUAUGUGCCCGGCCGGCUAGGUGAAGAUGCCAAAAUGGCUACCGGCGGCAAUUAUUUUGGAUUUACCCACGGAGCUGCUGCGCAGUACAGUCAGCAGCCGACCGCUGGAGUAGCCUACACUCAUCCUACCACGGUGGCCAGCUAUACCGUGCAUCAGGCGCCAGUGGCUGCUCACACCGUAGCUGCAGCUUACGCCCCCACGGCUGCCACCGUUGCUGUAGCCAGGCCUGCGCCCGUCGCUGUUGCAGCGGCAGCCACUGCUGCAGCUUACGGGGGAUACCAGCCUGCUCAUGCUACCACAGAUUAUGGCUAUGCCCAGCGCCAGCCUGAAGUGCCCCCACCACCUCCACCAGUCACCUCACAGAACUACCAGGACACGUAUUCUUAUGUCCGUUCCUCAGCUCCAGCUGUAGCCUAUGACAGCAAACAAUACUACCAGCAACCCACAGCUACAGCAGCUGUAGCGGCAGCAGCUGCCCAACCACAGCCCACAGUGGCUGAGACGUACUACCAAACAGCCCCCAAAACGGGAUACAGCCAGGGCGCUACACCAUACACCCAGACCCAGCAGACUCGCCAGGUUACAGCCAUUAAGCCUGCCACACAGAGUCCGGCCACCUCCACCUUCUCCAUCUACCCAGUGUCCUCCGCUGUGCAACCAGUGGCAGCCGCAGCAGCUGCUGCAGCCUCUGUGGUCCCGUCUUACUCACAGAGUCCUACAUACAGCACCAACGCUGUUACAUAUUCAGGGACAUCAUAUUCAGGUUAUGAGGCAGCUGUGUACUCUGCAGCAUCCUCUUACUACCAGCAACAGCAGCAGCAGCAGCAGAAGCAAGCCGUCGCUGCCGCUGCAGCCACUGCUGCCUGGACUGGAAACACGUUCACCAAGAAAACCCCCUUCCAGAACAAAACGCUCAAACCCAAACAGCCCCCAAAACCACCACAAAUACACUACUGCGAUGUGUGUAAGAUUAGCUGUGCUGGACCACAGACCUACAAGGAGCAUCUUGAGGGUCAGAAACACAAGAAGAAGGAGGCAGCUCUGAAGGUCUCUCAGAGCAGCAGCAGCAGCAGUGGCAGUAGUUCGGCCCGCAGCACACAAAACCAGCUUCGCUGUGAGCUUUGCGAUGUUGCCUGCACUGGGGCGGACGCCUAUGCUGCCCACAUCCGCGGAGCUAAACAUCAGAAGGUUGUAAAACUACACACCAAACUUGGAAAACCCAUUCCUUCCACAGAGCCGAGCGUAGUGACGCAGUCAUCCACGUCCACCACGUCAGCUCCAAGUAAAACAGCCAGUGCUGCCAUCAGCAGUUCCACCAGCAGCACUGCAACUGCCAUGAACGCUGCUUCUUCCACCGGCUCGAGUUCCUCCUACCUGAAACCCCUUGGCAUGGUAAACAACAGUGUGUCCUCUAUGCAGGGCAAGACUCCUGCUCCUAGCAGCAUUUCCUCAACCGCAACAGCGAUCAAAAAAGUCAACACCCCCAAGAUAAACUUCGUCGGAGGUAACAAAUUACAGACCACAGGCGUCAAGAUGGAUGAGUCAAAAGUUGAGGCAGCCAAACCUGUACAGACGUCUUUAGUUGCCCCGUCACAGGAAGUUAAACCUGAAACCCCUGACCCUUUGUCACCUCAGUCAGCUCUGGCAGCCUUGCAGAGUGACGUCCAGCCCGUUGGCCAUGACUAUGUGGAAGAGGUGCGAAAUGACGAAGGAAAAGUCAUCCGUUUUCACUGUAAGCUGUGCGAAUGUAGUUUUAAUGAUCCCAACGCGAAGGAAAUGCAUCUUAAAGGAAGGAGACAUCGUUUGCAAUAUAAGAAAAAAGUGAACCCAGACCUCCAAGUGGAAGUAAAGCCCAGCAUCCGAGCCCGAAAGAUUCAAGAAGAGAAAAUGAGGAAACAAAUGCAAAAGGAAGAGUACUGGCGAAGACGUGAAGAAGAGGAGCGGUGGAGGAUGGAGAUGAGGCGCUAUGAGGAGGACAUGUAUUGGCGACGUAUCGAGGAAGAGCAGCACCACUGGGAGGAGAGGCGUAGGAUGCCCGAUGGCGGCUAUCCUCAAGGUCCACCUGGACCUCCUGGGCUGCUUGGGGUGAGACCUGGAAUGCCCAUCCCACAGCCGCAAGGCCCUGUGCCCCCACGCCGCCCUGAUUCUUCCGAUGAUCGUUACGUGAUGACAAAGCAUGCUGCUAUUUACCCCUCUGAAGAGGAGCUCCAAGCCAUUCAGAAGAUUGUGUCCAUCACUGAGCGUGCCCUCAAGCUCGUCUCUGACAUAAUCACCGACCAAGACAAGGGCAAAGAAGAGGAUAAAGAGAAGAAAGAGCCUCCCAAAGACAGAGCGCUGAAGGGAGUGAUGAGAGUUGGUGUCCUGGCCAAAGGACUACUCCUGCGUGGAGAUAAGAACGUCAACCUUGUUCUUCUCUGCUCUGAGAAACCCACCAAGAGUCUGUUGUCGCGCAUCGUAGAGCAUCUCCCUAAACAACUCGCAAUUGUCACACCAGAGAAGUACGAGGUGAAAGGCUCUGUACAAGAAGCUGCUAUCAUCUUGACUUCCUGUGCUGAGCCCAAGAUGCAGGUCACGAUAACGCUGACCUCGCCCGUCAUCAGAGAAGAGAACGCCCGGGAUGGAGAUGUAACCUCGGGUAUGGUGAAAGACCCAGCGGACGUCUUGGACAGGCAAAAAUGCCUUGACGCUCUGGCUGCCCUACGCCACGCUAAGUGGUUCCAGGCUAGGGCAAAUGGACUCCAGUCCUGCGUGAUUGUUAUUCGUAUCCUGCGUGACCUUUGUCAGAGAGUACCCACCUGGUCUGCUUUUCCAAGCUGGGCCAUGGAACUGCUCGUGGAGAAGGCAAUCAGCAGUGCGUCUGGACCCAUGAGCCCUGGUGAUGCGCUGAGGCGAGUCUGUGAAUGUAUUGCCUCUGGCAUUCUGCUCCCUGGUGGCCCAGGGUUGAUGGACCCGUGUGAGAAAAAUCCGACCGACACCCUGGGUACCAUGGAGGAGCAGCAGAGAGAGGACAUAACAUCCAGUGCACAGUUUGCCCUGCGACUCUUGGCGUUCCGUCAGAUCCAUAAGGUUCUAGGCAUGGACCCCUUACCUCAGUUAAACCCCCGCUUCAACGUGAGGAACAAUCGCAAGAGAAGGCGUGACAACAGUGACGGCACAGAUGGCUUCGAGGGCGAGGGGAAGAAGGACAAGAAGGACUUUGACGGCUUCUAAGCAAGCAUCGCAGGCUCCACUUGUACCUUGUUCAAAAUUUGUCUAUUACAGUGAUACGAAAGCUGAUUUACUAGAUCUCUGUGCAUGCUCAUUGCUGCUGCUCAAAAAAUUUUAUGGCUUAGAAGAAGCCCCUUGAUGAGCAUCUUUAACAGCUUUGUUUGCUUCUAGUUGCCCCUCCAUGACCUGCGAUAGCAGCUCCAUUGAUGUUGAGCUUAACUUAAACAGCGCAGCAUUAUUUACUAAAACAUUUAACUCAACACAGUUUUGUUGAUUUAAAAACAAAUCCUGUAACUGGAUGGUUUAUAAUUUGUGCUCUUAAUUUUGUUACUGAAAUGAUGUAUGUUAAAAGAUUUUAUUUGCGCUGACUACAGCCGUCGACAUUUGUACACUCAACACUCUUCUAGUCUAAGGAGUGGUAAACGUAUUUCAAGAUAAAAUGGACUUAUGGGAAAUAAUAAUAAUAAUAAUUAAAAAAAAACAUUACUAAGAAAACUGGUUCUACUACAUGCAGAAGGCUUGGGGUAAGGUGUUAAAUUGCCUUCAGGAAUCAAGGGGGAAUUAUAAUUAUAUAUAUUAUAAUUUAUACUAAAUCUGAAAUCAAGAUCAAGCCAUAUUCUGAUGCUUGAUUGAGGUUUAAAAAUAAAGAUUUUGUUAUUGCUGUGUUUUUUAAAUCGCAGUGCAAGACUUGGACAAUGGCUUAAGCUUAGCGGUGUAAUGUGCGCUUUUUUCUUUCUUUCUUUUAAAUAUUUUAUUUGUGUGUUUUGAACGGAGACAUUCCUCACAACCACAGAGCCUAAGCUAAACUAACCCAUUCAUUGUGUUGUAAUGAAUGGUGACUGGGCAUUCAAGUAUAGAACAUUUUGUUUCUGCCGGUUUCCUUUCCUUUUUUUUUUUUUUUUUUUUAACCAUUUGUGAUGUACAUUUUUGGCUACACAGACAGUAACGUCAAGUAGGAAAUCUAUCUCCUGGUUUUCUGCAUAACGCAAGUGGGGUAAAGCGCAGCUUGUUCUGAUGUUGCCAAGCUUCUGUUGCAUUGCUGUAAAAUGCUGAUCUUUAACAGCAAGACUUGGGCACAGUACAAAUAACAUCCUCGUUCAGUGGUCUCCACUUCAUUUCCUAAUUUUCAAACGAGCAUGUCCUUUUCAUCAGUGGUUCUAGAUCUACAAGGGGGAACUCCACACACAGGGGGGGGGGAUAAAUUCUUUUUUUUUUCUUCUUUUCUCAGAACAGAGAUCACUUAUUUGUAAUGGGGCCCAAGUCUGCCUAACGUUUGUGUUCAUAGUGCUGUAAUCCCUAAAUAUACGUGUACAUAUGCAUAUAAUCAUAUCUAGCUCUGUGUAGGCUAUGUUUGAUCUUUAAUAUAUGAGCGUAUAUCUAAUCUCGCAAAUAGAGCUUCGAGAAAUUGUACAAUUUUAUGGAAGCAUGGUGGCGUUCCACGUUUCGAAUUUUCUUUUAUUUUUAAGUGUUCAGAUAAGCAGCUGCUUGUUUUUCACUUUCAUUUAACUAUUUGUUUGUUUGAGAGAAAAAAAGUCUAUUUGAGGGUAAAAGAUGCAGAAAGACUUGAUUGUGUUUGUAAUUGCAGAUGUAGAUUUCUUUUUAAUAGCCAUCACGUUCAUUCGCUGUCACGGUACUACUGCAUAACAAUAGACAAUAAAACCCUUCACAGAAUCCA